AUGAUCUCCAACCUCCGUCGGCUGGUGGCAGAUCACGCCGCUCUGCACUCUAAGCUUCCGCCGUACUACGUAUUGCCGCAAGAUGAUGCUCACUUUUCUGGAGGUGAUGACCUAUCGCAGUUGACUAUUUUGUUGACCGGUCCGCCGGGGACUCCCUACUCUAAUGGCUUGUGGCGAUUACAUCUGAAGAUACCGGAGGAUUAUCCCAAUAGUCCGCCUAAAGCUACUUUUCGAACUCGGAUAUGGCAUCCCAAUGUGGAGGAACAGACUGGUGCUGUGUGCGUGGAUACAUUGAAGAGAGACUGGCAGUCUAAAUUGACUCUCCGAGAUGUUCUCAUUACUAUCUCUUGCCUUCUUAUCCAACCCAACCCAGACUCAGCUCUGAAUUCUACAGCAGGAAACCUGCUACGCGAAGACUACGAUACUUUCGCCCAUCAGGCGAAACUGAUGACGUCCAUCCACGCCCCGAUCCAAUCUGACGUUCAGGCUGCUGUGAAAGAAGCAAAACACCGCGGCGAGGAUCCUAGCUCCAUACCUCAAACCAAAGACACCCACUCCCACUCUUACUCCCAGCGCCCAAGAAAACAACAACGUAUCAGAAGCAAUAUACCAAAGAAAACAAGCCACCGGUCUACCACACCUGAAUAUAUCCAGCCACCCCGUGACAUUGUUCCUCCACCACAACCCAUAGUUACCGAUGAUCAAAUGCAAAUAAGCGACGACGAAAACGAAAACGACGACCCAAUCAGUGCAAGCAAAGAAAACAAUCCUUCUCUCUCCCCAACUCUUCCCAUUCACCUCGCACCACCAUCUAUCAGACCUCGCAAGAACGCAUUCGGAAAGAGGCCAUUAUCCGUCCUCUCAAUCGCAUACCCCGAAGACCCAGAUACAGAAAUGAUGCUGGUAGACUCAGAAUCAGACCUAGAGAACGAUAACGAAGCAUCAAAGUCGAACAGUCUGAGCGCUAGCUCUUCCGAUAAAAACAUUGCCGCCAACUCUUUUUCAUCUGUUAACACCAACUUCUCUCGACCUUUACGCAAAUCACCUUCUGCUUCUCCGCAACGCAAAACACCUCGACUUGGACCGAAUAGGAGGGAGAACACACCUACGUGUUUCCGUGAGGAUGUUCAGAUCUAUGAGGAUGUACCGGAUCGCACGGUGACUGAUGCCUCGCGCCGUUUUGCUGGCGAUGGGAAAGAGAACCGUGAUACUGCUAGUGGGUCCCGUGGUCUCAAGGAGGCGCGUGGGUUGUUCGCUGGACAGAUCGGACACUCUGUUAGUUCAUCUGCGAUGUCGAUGGGUCUAGCACCGAAUUCGACGGCUUCGCCCGCGUCACCGGGCAAAAACCCCUUGAACGCUUCGAAGAAGGUCCUUGGUCGUGUACAAAAGGGACUGAAUGUGAAGAUGAAGCCGCGAAUUGGUGUACGACGGCUUUGA